AUGCGGCCGUCAAUUUCCGUGAUAGCGUGCCUUGUCUCCUCAACUCUAGCCCAAACUUUCCAGCGACUAGGUGGUUGCCCUGAUCUGGGAUGUGUAUUCCCGCCUGACCAAGCCGAUUUCCUGGCCGGCCAAUACUUUGACAUCCGCUUGGAAGUACAUUCCCCAGUCAAUGGAUCCGAAGCACGUGUCGGAGAGCCAGACCCAGACUUCAAAUUUACCAUCACUAAAAAAAACCAAAAACCCGUUGCUGCGACCAAAUUCUUCAAAAUAGAAGAGCCAGCGCUAGAGAACUGGAACUUCUCGUGGUACGAAGACUUGUUUGCCCAAGAUGCGGACAAGCCUUCACUUGUGAACGUCACCUCCAAAAUCUAUAGGAGGGUCGCCCUCUACGAGCCCGGUGAAUAUGAGGCUACUCUGACAUAUUAUGGCAACCAAAAAACGGUGGCUAACUGGCUUGUCCGUGACCUCCCGACAAAACGACGUGCGAAGAACGUGGUCAUGUUCAUCGGAGACGGCAUGACUACAAACAUGAUCACGGCCGCUCGUCUCAUUGCUCACCGUAGUAUCAACGGCAAGUACAUGACAAAAAUGGCACUGGAUAAGUUCCCUGUACUGGGUCACCAGAUGACACACUCGAUGGAUUCGUUCAUCACUGAUUCCGCCAACUCCGCCACGGCCCUUUAUUCUGGCCACAAGACCACCGUCAAUGCUUUGAACGUCUAUGUAGACUCCUCGAGCGAUCCGUUCGAUGACCCCAGAUUCGAAACAAUAUCAGAGAUCUUCCGGCGUCGUUACCCGGACGGUGGUGUGGGUAUUGUGUCGACUGCCUUCUUGGCAGAUGCAACCCCUGCUGGGUUGGCUGCUCAUACCAGUGACCGAGGUGAAUAUGACCACGUUAUUAGCGCCUAUUAUGAAGGUAUGACCAAGCACGAGUGGACAGAAUGGAACGGUCCCGAUGUACUGCUGGGUGCUGGCGCGGAAGAUUUCCUCAAAAGCGACAAAAGAAGGGAUUACUAUAAUCUCUUUGCUGAGAAGGGCUACAAUGUAGCCUGGAACAAUACCGCACUCAAAGAUGCACCAAGCGAUGAAAAGCUGCUGGGUGUCUUCCAAAAGUCCAAUCUCGCCACCUGGCUCGAUCGCAAUGUCUACCAGGCCAACCUGCUUAAUCAAAGCAAUUACCCUGAUGGUUCAGGUCGCGAUGCUGAGGACCUACCUGGGCUUAAGGACAUGACUUUGAAAGCGAUCGAUGUCCUCAACGAACGACACAGCGAUGAUGGCUGGUUCCUCAUGUCCGAGGCUGCCAGUAUUGAUAAGCAGAUGCACACGCUGGACUAUGAUCGAUCCUUGGGUGAACUUCUGGAGCUCGACGACACUGUGCGCGCGACAAUCGAAAAAUUGAAACACCUUGGCGAGCUUGACGACACUCUUAUUAUCGUUACAGCCGACCACGGCCACGGGUUUGACGUUACCGGCGCAGUCGAUACCGAGUACUUGGAAGCCCAAGAAGAUGACCGUAGCAAGCGCAAUGCUGUCGGCUAUUAUGAGAACUCCGGCUUGUCACAGUACACGGUUGGUGGACCUAACUCCUUGCGGUACUCUGAAGGGGUCCACUUCCCUUCACGCUGGGACCCGCGGUACACCCUGCACUCGGGUGUCGUGGCGUUCCCUGACCAUCGCGAGAAUUACCAAGUGCACAGCGAGGGUCCCCGCAAACCUGCCGCGACGACAAAUGACAAGAAGAACGGAUAUUAUGCCAGUUACAAAGAUGCUGUCACUGGUUUCGUGGUGAAUGGAACACUGCCCCUUGAUGCGGGCCAGGGGGUCCACUCUCUCACAGACGUGCCGGUGUUCGCACAAGGGCCGUGCCAGGAGUUAUUUGGGGGCGUUUAUAACUCCAUUGACAUAUUUUUCAACAUGGCGGAAUGUCUGGGAUUAUCGGAGAAGAAGCAUCAUGGACACUAG